AGCGAGCCCGGAGUCGGGAGCCGGCGGCGGCGCUGCGGCCCGGAGGGAGCAGGCGAGAGCUGUGCGGCCGGGGGAUCCCCGGGCCAGCCCAGCCGGCUGUGCCGCGGCCACCUUCUGGCCGACACUCGGGCCCCUGCAGGCGGCGUCGCAGAUUUCUGCUUGGCUGAUUAACCAAAGGCGGGAAGGGCUGAUCUGUCAACAUUCUGAGAGCUGCCCUCUGCAAGACCCCCAUAACAGACCCCAGGCCCAAGUCUACCGUACUACUGUACGCUCACCCCACCCCAGGCAUUACUCUGGGGUCUGCCUGAGGCCAGCAAGUGUGAAGAUGACCAGCGCCUUCUUAGCAUGACGACCUUGGACCAUGUGAUCGCUACCCACCAGUCAGAGUGGGUCUCCUUCAAUGAGGAGCCACUCUUUCCUGUCUCUUCUGAGGGGGCCACUGAAGAGCACCUUCCAGGACUGUCUUCCUCAGAUCAGUCCGAGAGCUCCUCUGGGGAGAACCACGUGGUGGAUGGAGGCUCUCAGGACUCCUCUGAGAAGAUGGGCCUCAUCUCUGAAGCAGCCUCCCCUCCUGGGAGUCCUGAGCAGCCCGCGCCAGACCUGGCCUCCGCCAUCAGCAACUGGGUUCAAUUUGAAGAUGACACACCCUGGGCCAGCACGUCACCACCUCAUAAAGAAACAGCCCUACCUUUGACUAUGCCCUGCUGGAUGUGCCCUUCCUUCAACUCCUUGGGGAGAUGCCCUCUGACCUCCGAGAGCAGCUGGACCACACAUUCUGAAGACACCAGUAGUCCCAGUUUUGGCCCCUCAUACACGGACCUGCAGCUCAUCCAUGCUGAGGAGCAGAUGAGUGGCAGGGCUUCUGGGGCUGACUCGACUGACAAUUCUUCCUCACUCCAGGAAGAUGAAGAGGUAGAGAUGGAGGCCAUCAACUGGGAGGCCAGCAGUCCAGCCAUGAACGGACACCCUGCCACUCCAGUGACCUCUGCUCGUUUCCCCAGCUGGGUCACAUUUGAUGACAAUGAAGUCAGCUGCCCUUUGCCACCAAUCGCCUCUCCUCUGAAGCCGAGUACACCACCCAUUGCAUCUGUGACCCCAGAUGCACCUUAUAAUUCAACUGGGUCAUUUAAGAAGAGGGAACGUCCCAAGAGCACUCUGAUGAACCUCUCCAAAGUUCAGAAGCUGGACAUUUCCUCCUUAAACCACCCGCCUUCCAGAAGCGAGGCUCCACCUUGGAGGGCAACUAAUCCUUUUCUCAAUGAGACUCUACAGGAUGUGCAGCCCUCACCUAUCAACCCUUUCAGCGCUUUCUUUGAAGAGCAGGAGAGGCGCUCCCAAAACAGUUCCAUUUCCGGUAUCACAGGCAAAAGCCAAAGAGAUUCCCUCGUUGUUGUCUACCAGGAUGCCAUCAGUUUUGAUGAUUCAAGCAAAAACCAGUCACACUCUGAUGCCGUUGAAAAACUCAAAAAACUCCAAAUUGAUGAUCCUGAUCGCUUAGGCAAUGCAACACUACCUGAUGAUGACCCAAUAGCCUGGAUUGAGCUAGAUGACCACCUGCCUGGUUCAGCACUGUCCCAGCCCAGAGAUGGAUGGCCAAUGAUGCUGAGGAUCCCUGAGAAGAAAAACAUCAUGUCCUCCAGGCACUGGGGACCCAUAUACAUCAAACUGACAGACAGUGGUUACCUGCAGCUGUAUUAUGAGCAAGGCCUAGAAAAACCAUUCCGCGAGUUCAAGCUGGAGAUCUGCCAUGAGAUUUCAGAACCCCGGCUCCAAAACUAUGAUGAGAAUGGCAGGAUCCACAGCUUGCGGAUAGACCGUGUCACGUACAAGGAGAAGAAGAAAUACCAGCCUAAACCUGCUGUGGCCCACAUAGCAGAGAGGGAACAAGUGAUUAAGCUGGGCACCACCAAUUACGAUGACUUCCUGAGUUUCAUCCGUGCAGUUCAGGACCAUCUCAUGGAUCUGCCAGUGUUGUCAAUGGACUUGAGCACAGUUGGCUUGAACUACCUUGAAGAGGAGAUUACAGUGGAUGUCAGAGAUGAAUUCUCUGCCAUUGUGAGCAAAGGAGACAAUCAGAUUCUCCAGCACCAUGUCUUGACACGGAUCCACAUUCUGAGUUUCCUCUCUGGGCUUGCUGAGUGCCGCUUGGGCCUCAAUGAUGUCCUUGUCAAAGGGAAUGAAAUAGUUUCCCGGCAAGACAUCAUGCCUACCACCACCGCAAAGUGGAUCAAGCUCCAUGAGUGCCAUUUUCAUGGGUGUGUGGAUGAGGAUGUAUUCAACAGCUCACGGAUUAUUCUGUUCAACCCUUUGGACGCAUGCCGAUUCGAGCUAAUGCGGUUCAGGACAGUGUUUGCUGAGAAGACCUUGCCUUUCACACUCAGGACGGCAGCAAGCAUCAAUGGGGCAGAGGUGGAGGUGCAGAGCUGGCUUAGGAUGUCAACCGGCUUCUCCUCUAACCGUGACCCUCUCACUCAGGUUCCCUGUGAGAAUGUGAUGGUUCGUUAUCCUGUGCCCAGUGAGUGGGUGAAAAACUUCCGCAGGGAAAGUGUCCUAGGGGAAAAGUCCUUGAAAGCCAAAGUGAACCGGGGGGCAAGUUUUGGCUCAACUAGUGUAUCUGGCUCUGAGCCUGUCAUGAGAGUAACUCUGGGAACUGCCAAGUAUGAGCAUGCCUUCAACUCCAUUGUGUGGAGGAUAAACCGACUGCCUGACAAAAACUCAGCUUCUGGUCAUCCACACUGUUUCUUCUGCCACCUUGAACUUGGCUCUGACCGGGAAGUGCCUUCCAGAUUUGCCAAUCACGUGAAUGUCGAGUUCAGCAUGCCCACAACUUCUGCCUCCAAAGCUGCUGUACGAUCCAUCUCUGUGGAAGACAAGACCGAUGUCAGGAAGUGGGUCAAUUAUUCCGCACACUACAGCUACAAGGUGGAAAUUGAGCAAAAAAAGAGUUUGAAGCCAGACUUUGAAGGAGAUGAAAUGGAAAAUCCCAAGGAGUGUGGGGUCCAGUGACGAAGCCCUACUGCAGGGGGCCCUGACCCCAGAAUCGUGAGAGGAUGUCUUUCUGAACAGCGGAAGCUCACGUCAGUGCCUACCAUGGCUACUCCGUGUUGGGAGCAGUGUGUUAGGCCUUCCUGUUUGUAGUUCCCUGUAUUUUAACAGGAAACCCUGAGGUGGUUGCUUUGGAGGCACUCCGAUCAUGCCCGAAGCACCUGGUUCACCUGACUUUUGGAGCUCAUUGGAUAAUUAAGCCUUCUCUGCACUCUGCUUAUCUGACAGCACUUGCCUGUGGUUUGUUGUGACCGUCAGAGUCAGGAAAAGAACCUCCCACAUGAGUGUUGGCACAAUUUCCUGCUGAUGUUAUCUGUCACUUACAUGAUUUUCUGGAAAACACAGUCUUGAGAAGUUAAUUAAGUAAGAAUCCAUCUCUGCCACUCCUUCUAGAGAAGGUACAGAGUUCCUCUUUGGGUCCACUAGGCCUUUUGUAGGUGUCUCCAUUCUUUAAACAUUAACACUAUGCAACAGAAGUUUUCAACUUCUUCCGGUUCUAGAUUGUUUUGAUUGAAACACUUUUUCCGUCUCUCUAAGGUUUCAGCCUCAGGGUUCGCCACCCUGAACCACAAUAGACAAGGGAAAAAAGGCACAGUAGGAUACUUUGGAUUCUGCAUUAGCCCCACUGUAUGCAAAGGGUGACUGUUGAAGGGAAAGCAAAGUUGAGCUUAUUUUUCUUCAUUCUGGGAAAAGGGACCUUAACUGUGAGAUUAUAUUCAAUUCAGGAGACAGCUUCAGUCUUAGUGAAUUCCCAAAUUCACACUGAAAAAUAUUGGCCAUUUCUGAUUCAUGAAACAAACUGAUUAUAUAUAUAUAUAUAUUAUACCUCAGGCAUUUGCCAGGGGCAUUUGGAAGCUCUUUUUAUACCUCCUAGUCAAUAGACAGUUGCAUGUCUCUCUAACUUAAACUUUACAAGAAAUAUAAGCUGAAAAGAUCAUUUUAAAAGCUGUUCCAAAACUAAACUUGUAUGAGCUUUUCCCCAAAAUUCAGAGUUUGGUAAUCAUAGUUUUAUAAUAGAUCUAAAAGACAGAUGAUUCUGGGGUAGGGAUGGGAGAAAGCCAUAUUUUUCUAAUAUUGGGAACACUGACUCCUGAUACCAGGGGUCUGGGACACUCAACCUUCUUUCCCUUCAUCGUUCCUGCUCACAUUCUGUACCUCUGCUUCUUAUUUGUACUUUGGUGUUUUUUGCUUUUUUUCUUUUUUUUACCAUACAAGGAGCUACAUUGGCUGUUCCAAAGGGGAUACCUGCUCAGCAAUUUAAAGGCAGCUUCUAUUUGCCUUUCUAUUUCUCCCAUGAAGAACAGACUAAGGGGACAGAAAGCAAGCUUAUCAGAUUUAUAAAUUACACACAAACAGACAG